GCUGCAUUAACCUAUAGUUUAUUUGAUAGUUUAUUAAGUGCUAGAUGUGUUGGGGAAUUUAACACCUAACAUUUUAAUUAUAUUCUGCUGAAAUUAACGAAAUGACUCGAAAAAAUAAUCGUUCAUUUCGCUGAAUGAGAUUCAAAGAUCCGAGUCAGUAAAAUGAUCGGAACUUCCCAUCACUAAUGUUUUCAAUGUUUAAUACACAUUAAAAUAAACAUUAAGGCGUCUACACACGGUUUUCUGAUUCUAUCCAAUCAGCGCUCACUGCUUCCGUCCAAUCAGCGCUCACUGCUUCCGUCCAAUCAGCGCUCGGUUCUUCCAUCCACUCAGCGCUCCUCGGGAUCACCUGAUUUGUGUGCAGCCAUUUUGUCCGGAGCUCUUCUUCACAAACCGGAAUAAAGCGAAGGCGAGCGGAGGAACGCUGUUGGAGGGGGCUGAUAGAACACACUCUCCGCCGGAAUUUCUCCACCUAUUGAUCCAGGACGGGGAAAAAACCCACUUUUACCCCCCGUGGCGGUCCUACAGCUGGACUAGUGGACUUCCUUUCACAGAUCCAGGUUGGACGUUAGAUUUGAUCAGCUGUCCGAGAGCUAAUGUUCGAUCCUUCAGGUUCCAACUCAACACACUUUCGUUUCUGAUCUCCGGGUUAGUUUAGUUGCACGUUAUGUGUCAGUCAUGCCAGCGAAGUGUUUGAACAGGACAUAACAUAACAACAUAGCAUCGCAGCUAGCGACGGAGGAACUAGCCAGAGCAUUUUUAACAGAGUUUCAGACCGAGGGGAAGCUGCACAACUAACCUGUUAACUAGCUCAACUAACUAGUUCCAUUUGUGCCUGCCAUUGUUAUAGCGAACUAAUAACUCGGUAGUUAAAGGUCUCUUUGCAUUCCUUUGCUAGCUCAGCAAAUGCUCGCAGGUAAAUGCUGAGUGUUUUUAUUAACAUAUUAUUUCGACUAGAAGGACAGACUUGUUUAACCAGUUUUGGUCUUUUCUUGGGGUACGUGGCGUUUUUCUCUGUAUCUCUUUUCUGACCUGGCUGAUCGGAUAGCUAGCUAUGUCAUUUUGCAACCUUCCUAUAUGCUCAGAUUUCAGCAUUAGGUCCUGUACUCGGUUUGAACGCUGUUAUGGUUAUAUUAGCUAACAUCAGCUCAGUCAAUCAACUCAUCCAGGCGUAACACUGACACUUGGAAUCUUAUUUGUACUAGAUAGGUAGCUAGAUUCUUUUUAUAUAACCAAAUACACGAUCAAGGGUGACUGGGUUAGUAUUUAGUUGGAUAAUUUUGUGAGUUGUGUUUUUUUGUUGUUGUUGUUGUUGUUGUUGUUUUUUUUUUUUUUAAUAUACACAAGCAGUCACUUUACUGACUCGAGGUUUUGUGAAAUCUGCUCAUAUUAGUGAGCUGUUAAGCUGUCUUGGUUUUGGAGGGAUUUUUUUUUGGAGAGACGGAGAGAAACUCGUCCAACUGAUCAGUAGUCAGUGUUGAGGAGAAACAUGUCAGGACAGAGCAUCACAGACCGCAUCGCAGCGGCGCAGCACAGCAUGACCGGCUCCAGCAUCAACAAAGCCGUGUGUAAGGCCACGACCCAUGAAGUGAGCGGCCCCAAGAAGAAACACCUGGACUACCUGAUCCACUGCACCAAUGAGAUGAACGUGAACGUGCCCCAGCUGGCUGACACCCUGUUCGAGCGGACGGCCAGCACCAGCUGGGUGGUGGUUUUCAAAGCUCUCAUUACCACACACCACCUAAUGAUGUACGGCAAUGAGCGUUUCAUUCAGUACCUGGCCUCGAGAAACACUCUCUUCAACCUGAACAAUUUCCUGGAUAAAGGUGCGUUGCAAGGCUAUGACAUGUCCACCUUUAUCAGGCGCUACAGUCGCUAUCUGAAUGAGAAGGCUCUGUCCUACCGGCUCGUAGCUGUCGACUUCACCAAGAUGAAAAGAGGUAUUGAUGGAGUGAUGCGCACCAUGAAUACAGAGAAGCUGAUCAAAACUCUGCCCAUUAUUCAGAACCAGCUGGACGCUCUGCUCGACUUUCAGGCCAAUCCUAACGAGCUCACCAAUGGUGUGAUUAACACUGCCUUCAUGCUACUUUUUAAAGACUCCAUUCGUCUGUUUGCCGCCUACAAUGAGGGGGUCAUCAACCUGCUGGAAAAAUAUUUUGAUAUGAAGAAGAACCAGUGCAAAGACGCUUUGGACAUCUACAAAAAGUUCCUGUACAGGAUGACCAAGCUGUCAGAGUUUCUCAAAGUAGCAGAGCAAGUUGGGAUUGAUCAUGGUGACAUCCCAGAUCUCACUCAGGCUCCCAGCAGUCUGCUGGAGGCUUUGGAGCAGCACCUGGCCUCUCUGGAGGGCAAGAAGACUAAAGAGUUCUCUGCAGACAGCAGAGCCAUCACUCUGUCCAGCGCCGUGUCGUCCCUCUCAAACACAGGCAUGUCCUUCACUCGCGUGGAUGAGAAGGAGAAACAGCAGGCCCUAGAGGAGGAACAGGCCAGACUGCAGGCUCUCAAGGUGGGCUACAGCAUUCCUGACCAGCGCCUGAAAGAGAUUAGCAUACAUACUCCCUCUGCAUCUCCUGCUACUCAGUCUGCAAGCAGUGCCAACAACCACAGUGCGGCAGUGGAUCUGUUCACCAACCACAGCACCGCCCCUGUCACCAACAGCGUACCAAACCUCACCAGCGACCUGUUUGACCUCCAGCCAGCGUUCAUCCCUGCCGCACAGAGCACUCCAUCCAUAUCCACAGCCAGCAGUGCCUGGGGAGGUCUAGAGAGCGGAGCUCCCCCGCAGGCUGCUCGUAUUUCCACCAUGAAUGUAGAUUUUGACGCAGUGUUUGGGAUUCAAGGUGCCAGUAGCGAUGUGAAGCCAGCAGCUGGGUUCGAAUCUCUAGGAGACCUGUUGAAGCCCACUUUACCAGCUCACAAUCAGGCUCCCAUGAUGCCCCCACACACAGGAAGCAAGCUGCUGGCCAAUGACCUCGACUCCUCCUUGGCGAACCUCGUGGGCAAUCUGCAGUUUAGUGGAUCUUCAGUCAAAAAACCGGACAUGCAGUGGACACAGAGUGGGGAGAAGAAGAUGACCGGUGGCACUAACUGGCAGUCCAAAACCAUGAGCAGCACGACUGCCUGGAGUCCUGCCCCCAUGCCACCUGCUCCCAUGCCUGUGCCCCACAUGCAGGCUCCGGCCCCCAUGGCCUUCCCCAUGACCACACCUCAAGUGCCUGUGUAUGGAAUGGUCCCUCCUCAGAUGGGUCAGAUGGGAGGGGUUCCAGUGAUUACGCCACAGCCCAUGAUGUACCAGCCUGUCAUCAGGUCCACCAACCCAUUUGCUCCAGUUCCUGGAGCUCAGAUGCAGUUUAUGUAGUAGCGUUGUGUAGCGGUGUGGCAAACAGGACGACCGAAUGAACCACAGAGCAAGAGAGAAGAGACUGAUACACCACCCACCAUCACGUUCAGGGAGCUGGAGGAGGACUGAUGAAGCAUAUGACAAGAGAGCGAGAGAGAGAAAUGCAGAAGGGAGGAGUACAGGAGAAGCAGGAACAUUAUUUUUUGCCAAGACUCUUAACAUUGCUAUCUGACAUGGCUUUCUCUCUCUCUCUCACACACACACACACACACACACACACACCCCACAACAGGGUAUCAGAUCAGCCUGUGAUGUUUUUUUUCUCUGUUUUGUUUUUGGGUUCUUUUUUAAAAAUGAUUGUUGGCUUGUCUGUGUUUUAUACAUCAUUGGUUCAUUUGAUCAUGUCCUGAGGAUCGUGUUUUGGCAAAUCAUUUGUUUCUAAAUCAGGUUUCAUGUCCGGAGUGACGACAUUGCUUUGCUAUGUUCCUAAGAUGGCCCUGAGCACUGUGUUUGGGUUCGAGCUGGGUGUGGAGGCACGGGCAGGACGCUGUUCUCCACCCAGGCUAGUCCUGUCUGGUUAGUCCCGCUCUCACCACAUUAAACACGUCACUGCUUUUCUUCAAUGAAUCAUUGUCGAGCUCUUUGAUUUCAGUUCCGUUGUGACGCGAGCCAAACGAGUCUAAAACCUCCGGUAAAUUGUGAUGUUUGGCAUUUCCCAGCACUUUAACUUCAGCGGGUCUCUGCAGGUUUGGAUGCGUUUUCACUUAUUCAGAAACCAAAUUCUUUUGACAUCUCGUUAGUGAACGUUUCGGGUCAACCUUAAACCGUCCUGCGAUCCGUCCGUCCUGUGCGUCGGAAGACGGGCGCAUUGGAAAGCCGUACUGGCGCUCCCACACUCAGGCUCUUGAUUUUUUUGUUGCGUUUCAUUCCUCUUGCCUGUUCAAGAAAAGUCUAGUUCCUCUUCUUGAUCCUCUGCCCCUCUAGACUAAAUAUCUCUGUAUUGUAGUCUAACUAGCGCUAACCCACCCCUUGCGAAUGAGAGAUUAUGGAGGCCGGUCCUGUUAGACCUCUUCUAUCUAAGCACUUACAUAUAUGACCUGUCCGAUCAUUUGUAGUUUUAUAUAUGCCUGUAAACAGGGUCUUAGCUUCAUGCUAAUACUGAUAUUCGACAAGACAUAUAAUGCUCUUUUAAAUGUUGAUUGAUUGAUGUUUGUUUUAAGAAACAGGGCUCUAAAGUUUGAUAUCAGUAUUUGAGUAAUUUAGAAUAUUUUUUUAAAAAAAUACACUUGUUUUAGCCAAGAGUAAUAAUUUUUUUUUUUUUUUAACUGUUCACAUGGUGAACUUUAGACCUUUUCUACUGUGUGUGUGUGUGUGUGUGUGUGUGUGUGUAUA